AUGCUUCGCCCGGGAGGCCGCCAAGUCUUAUGGCUUCCACAGCAUGUGCAGGCGCUGAGGUGCCAGCACUGGCGCGGUCAAAGCGAGUUGACAUGGCAAGAGGCGCUGGGGCUCUUGAACAGGCGGAGCUCUCCGCGCGGAGGUCCCGACGUGGUGGGUUGGUCCAAGGCGAUCGCGGCAUGCGCCAAAGCAGCGCAGUGGCGGCACGCGAUCGCAUUCCUGGCAGCAGCUAGCGCUGCCAAUGCCGCGAAUGCUUUUUCUUGCGCAGCAGCUAUCAGUAGCUGCCAAAGAACUGCGCGCUGGACAGUGGCUUUGCGACUGCUGCAUCAGGCGUGGCUUCGGGGACCCAAGCCCGACACGGUCUGUCUCAACGCUGCCAUCAGCGCCUGCGCCAAGCGGGGCAGGUGGGCAUGGAGCCUUUUCCUGCUGCGCAGUGCCCCGCAGCUGCGGCUGUUUGUGGAUGCACUCGGGCACAGCGCGCUGCUGGCGGCGGUGGCCCAGGCCGCUAAGUGGCGCAAGGCGCUGGAGCUGCUGGAGGCGGAGAUGUGCCCAAGAUUGGGGCGGAUGCUGGCGCCGGGCGCGGUGAGCGCGGCGCUCACCGCCUGCAAGGUGGAGGGCGCCUGGGAGGCCGCAUUGGCUCUUUGGGUACGGCAGGCCUUUGGGAGCGCCUCCGUGCGCAGCGCCGCCCUAGGCAGCUUUGCAAGCUCCACACGCUGGGAGCUGGCGUUGCAGCUGCUAGAGGCAGAUGAUCGUUCCAUGCGCUGUGAGGAGUCUGAGAUGCUCUUGGUCUCGGCCCUGGGCGGCUUGUCCCGGGUCCGGCGCUGGCGGGAGGCGCUCUGCUUGAGGGCCGAUUCCGCGCGCUUUGCCGGCCCCGCAGCGGCCAGUCUGGUGUGGCGAGCCACUGAGGUCAGUGGCCGCCAUUUGGAGCUUCAGCGUUGGAGUGGCCAGGAUUGGCUUGGUUCCGGUGGCGGCGGGGACGUGAGGCAGCGACGGAGAACCAGUGCCCAACUGCUCCUCCGGCCCAUGGUGCAGAGCGGACCCUGGGACCAGGCGCUGCGGCGCCGGGUGCUGGCGCCUGCCCUGGUGCAGCUGUUAGCGCUGCAAGGAACCGCCGCUGAUGUCCCCCGCCUCCGCGAGCGCUCCGGGCGCCUGCGCAGCUGCGAGCUGGAAGGCACUUCAGACUUGGGCGCCAGUGCCCGGGAGCUGUGGCCUCCUUUGUCGCUCUGGGAUAGGAUUUCCACCAUGCGGCCGUGA